AUGGCAGACCCGUUUGGAAUUAUUGGCGUCAUUGGCGUCGCGGCCCAGCUCAUCCAAAUGACGGUCCAGUUUGGGUUGGAUUUGAAAGACGCCCCGUCAGAUGCAAAAUCAUUCAUUCUCGAACUCCAAACCCUCCGAACGAUUCUCCAAGAAACUGACAAGAACAUCACCCAGAAUCCGGAUUUUGUCGAUGCGUUUGAAGGCCGCCAUUCGACAAUCCUAUCACAACUUGGCAGUCAGUCCUCUUCGCAGACCCCCGCUAAGUUGAUGUUAUCCGCCUGCGAAAUCGAAUUGAGGAAAAUGGUUGAAGACUUGAACAAACGAGCUCAGAGCAGCCGAAAGAGUUGGGAGGCCCUUAAGGGAGCGUUCACUGCCAAGAAGACGCAGGAGGCAGUUCAGAAGCUCCAACGACAAUGCCAGUCUCUGAAUAACCUAGCAGCAAUUGAUGCGAUUUCUCUUGGUGCAAAGACUUAUUCUAAAGUUGUCGAGAAUGACAAGACAAUGAGGGAAGUACGAGAACACCAGCUUAGCCAAGAGCAGAAAGAGAAGCGAGAACUUAUUCUCAAAUGGCUCACCCCGAUCAACCAAACUCCAUCGCAGCAUAUCGACUUCAUCAACAGGCGGCAGUCCGGAACCGGUCAAUGGCUUUUGGACCAUCUGCAUUUCGAAAAGUGGCUGGAGAUUGGCCCAAAUACGCUCUUCUGCCCCGGAAUCCCAGGCGCAGGUAAGACGAUUCUUACCGCUACCGUGGUCGAACACCUCAUCAGCCAGUAUCGAAGCGACCCUGCUGUUGGCAUUGCCUAUGUAUACUGUAACUACAAGCAGCAUAAUGAACAAAAGCUAGAAGACUUGCUUAGUAGCCUUCUUAAACAACUUAUCGAGCCACAGCUCUCUCUACCGAAGGAGGUCACAGAGCUUUAUGAGCGCCAUAAGGAAAAGCGGUCACAGCCAUCUGCUGAAGAGCUAUUAGCAACUCUGCGACUAGUCACCUCUUCUUUUGCAAGAGUAUUUGUCCUUGUUGACGCCUUGGACGAGUGCCAGACAGCUAAUGGAUGCCGCCCGCGAUUCAUUGAGGGGAUGUUUAGCCUCCAAGUACAUAGCGGAGUGAAUCUUUUCAUGACCUCCAGGUUCAUUCCCGACAUCACUGAUAAAUUUGACAAGUCUUCCUGGUUGGAAAUUCGUGCUAGCAGGGAGGAUGUGGAAAGAUACCUUGACGGCCACAUCGAACGAUCAGAAUCACGUAUAAUCAAAACGAUGCAAGUGGAGAUCAGGAAAACCAUCUCGGACGCUGUUGAUGGAAUGUUUCUUUUGGCACAGAUUUACCUUGAGUCGCUUCAGCGCGAGAUUAAGCCUAAGAGACUCAAGGCCGCGCUCAACGGAUUUCGACGGCAAAUCGCCGGCUCAGAGGAGAGCAACAGGCUCCAGGUACUGAGCCAGGCUUACGACCACGCAAUGGAAAGAAUCAAUACGCAGGAAUCUAGUCGCCUAGAUUUAGCCAAUCAAGUCUUAUCGUGGAUCACACGCGCUCAACGGCCGCUCACUCCUACCGAACUCCAGCAUGCUGUCACGGUCGAUGCUGGCGACUCAGAACUGGACAAAGGCGACCUUGUACAGAUUGACGACAUGGUGGCAGUAUGUGCGGGUUUAGUCACGAUAGACGAAGAAAGUUCCAUUAUCCGACUAGUUCACUUCACAGCGCAAGAGUACUUCCAGCAGGCCCAGGAAAAACUAUUUCCAGUAGCGCAAAAGGAGAUCGCAAAGAUUUGCAUCACGUACCUUUCGUUUGAAAAGUUUAAGGAAGGGGCAUGCGAUACAAACCAUAAGUUCAGGUCGCGGUUGGAAGACAACCCUCUGUACGACUACGCGGCACGAUACUGGGAGAUCACGCCCGGCAAGCCUCAAUAUCUGGAUCAAGUGAAGAAAUUGCCCGGUUCCUGA